AUGUAUGCAUACUGCCCCGUGCAUUCCGCCCUGCACUAUGCCCCGUGUCAUGCCAUCCCAUGCUCUCACCAUCACCCACUGCACAUGUAUGCAUACUGCCCCGUGCAUUCCGCCCUGCACUAUGCCCCGUGUCAUGCCAUCCCAUGCUCUCACCAUCACCCACUGCACAUGUAUGCAUACUGCCCCGUGCAUUCCGCCCUGCACUAUGCCCCGUGUCAUGCCAUCCCAUGCUCUCACCAUCACCCACUGCACAUGUAUGCAUACUGCCCCGUGCAUUCCGCCCUGCACUAUGCCCCGUGUCAUGCCAUCCCAUGCUCUCACCAUCACCCACUGCACAUGUAUGCAUACUGCCCCGUGCAUUCCGCCCUGCACUAUGCCCCGUGUCAUGCCAUCCCAUGCUCUCACCAUCACCCACUGCACAUGUAUGCAUACUGCCCCGUGCAUUCCGCCCUGCACUAUGCCCCGUGUCAUGCCAUCCCAUGCUCUCACCAUCACCCACUGCACAUGUAUGCAUACUGCCCCGUGCAUUCCGCCCUGCACUAUGCCCCGUGUCAUGCCAUCCCAUGCUCUCACCAUCACCCACUGCACAUGUAUGCAUACUGCCCCGUGCAUUCCGCCCUGCACUAUGCCCCGUGUCAUGCCAUCCCAUGCUCUCACCAUCACCCACUGCACAUGUAUGCAUACUGCCCCGUGCAUUCCGCCCUGCACUAUGCCCCGUGUCAUGCCAUCCCAUGCUCUCACCAUCACCCACUGCACAUGUAUGCAUACUGCCCCGUGCAUUCCGCCCUGCACUAUGCCCCGUGUCAUGCCAUCCCAUGCUCUCACCAUCACCCACUGCACAUGUAUGCAUACUGCCCCGUGCAUUCCGCCCUGCACUAUGCCCCGUGUCAUGCCAUCCCAUGCUCUCACCAUCACCCACUGCACAUGUAUGCAUACUGCCCCGUGCAUUCCGCCCUGCACUAUGCCCCGUGUCAUGCCAUCCCAUGCUCUCACCAUCACCCACUGCACAUGUAUGCAUACUGCCCCGUGCAUUCCGCCCUGCACUAUGCCCCGUGUCAUGCCAUCCCAUGCUCUCACCAUCACCCACUGCACAUGUAUGCAUACUGCCCCGUGCAUUCCGCCCUGCACUAUGCCCCGUGUCAUGCCAUCCCAUGCUCUCACCAUCACCCACUGCACAUGUAUGCAUACUGCCCCGUGCAUUCCGCCCUGCACUAUGCCCCGUGUCAUGCCAUCCCAUGCUCUCACCAUCACCCACUGCACAUGUAUGCAUACUGCCCCGUGCAUUCCGCCCUGCACUAUGCCCCGUGCUCUCUGCUCGAAGCGUGUUCUGCAAAAGUAGGCGCAGCAGCGGGUGUGGGAGAAGGCGCGGCAGCAGGGUGUGGGAGCAAGGCGCAGUAA